GUUGCAUCUUUCAGCGCUCCUCUCUCGGUUCGUCAGUUUUCAGCCAAGACUAACCGAGGCGCUGUAACACACCACGUUUCCCAGAACGGGAUUUUCGCGAUUUUCCGAACGACAACCCCCUCCCCUCUAGAUCAGUGAGUUUUCCCGGAAAAUUCCGACUUUUCCGUGGUUUUGUUCGCGAGGGUUUUCCGGAUUUUAAAAAGUGCUACACGGUGCUUUUAGGUGGUUUUUUGGUUUUUCCGCACGAGAACAGAUUUUGCGUGAUGAGCGAGAAAGACCCCAACACGAAAUUUCAAGAAACUUAGUGUCGUUAUCGUAUUAUAGUGACUAGACGCAGUGCUGUCGCAAAAUGGCCACAGUUGUGAUGUGAUAAUAGUGAUACAGUGCACGCAGAAUGCACUACUGUCCUAGCACUGCGGGAUAUGCCCACUGCAGGUCAGGCUCCGAUUCUGGACUCAAUCGCAGGGGAAGGUCGGGAGGGAGGAGGAGGGAACAGGAUUUUGACAGCGCUGACUCCACCCUUUCGGAGGAAUCUGAGUCAGGAUCAGCUGGUUCAUGUGGCAUAGAAAUAGAUCCGAAUCUGCCAUAUCCUGGGAUAGCGCCCAUAGCCCUGCGGUACCUGUCGCAGACCACGAGACCCAGGAGCUGGUGCUUGGCCCUCAUCUCGAAUCCAUGGUUCGAGAGAGUAUCCAUGAUGGUCAUCUUGCUGAACUGCAUCACCCUGGGAAUGUACCAACCAUGUGUAGAUGACAAGUGCAAGUCGAACAGGUGUAAAAUAUUACAGGUGUUCGACGACUUUAUCUUCGCCUUCUUCUCCCUGGAGAUGACCAUCAAGAUGAUAGCUAUGGGUGUCUACGGCAGAGGUUCCUACUUGGCCGAUUCCUGGAACCGAUUGGACCUGUUUAUAGUCCUUUCUGGCGCUAUAGAAUACGCUCUUCACGUAGAUAACCUCAACCUUUCUGCAUUUAGGACGAUUAGGGUUCUUAGGCCUUUGAGGGCGAUCAACAGGAUACCAAGUAUGAGAAUCCUGGUGAUGCUCCUUCUGGACACCCUGCCCAUGCUCGGAAAUGUCCUACUGCUAUGUUUCUUCGUCUUCUUCAUCUUCGGUAUCGUGGGAGUGCAGCUGUGGAACGGGGUCUUGAGGCAGCGAUGUGCUCCUCCAACUCACAUCGCUGCCAUGAUGCCAACGGAGAUGCGCAAGCACGAAUACAAGAUCCCGGAACAGGAGGAUUUCAUAUGUAGCAACAGCUCAGGUAUGCACACCUGUAUCAACCUGAUGCCCUAUACCUUGGACGGCACCAAGUGCAACCUGACCUACGAGGAGAAGAUGCUGAUACCCGAGUACAGGAACAACGAAAGCCUGUGCAUCAACUGGCAUUUCUACUACACCGAGUGCAUGGUGACCGGCACGAAUCCGUUCAAAGGGACUAUAUCCUUCGACAACAUAGGGCUGGCGUGGGUGUCCAUCUUUUUGGUCAUUUCUCUAGAGGGAUGGACGGAGAUAAUGUACUACGUCCAAGACGGCCACAGUUUCUGGGACUGGAUAUACUUUGUCCUGCUCAUUGUCAUCGGCUCUUUCUUCAUGAUCAACCUCUGCCUGGUCGUCAUAGCUACCCAGUUCUCCGAAACGAAGAAGAGGGAGAUGGAGCGCAUGCGCCUGGAGCGUGCGCGCUUCCAGAGCAGCAGCACCUUGGCCUCGUCGACUAACAACAGCGAGCCGACCAGCUGUUACGCAGAAAUAGUGAAAUACAUAGCCCACUUGUGGCGUAGGACGAAGAGAAAGGUCUUCAAGAAGAUAAGAUUGUGGAGAAUGAGAAGGGAUCAGGGGAAAGAGCAGAAAAUAGUGGUAGGAGAGACUAUAAGGCUGAAUUCUGUGAAGAAACACCAUUCGAAUUGUUACAAGGUGAAGCAGUUGAUUCAACAAUCUAGUGUAUCAACAAAUCGAACAGCAUCUAGAACUAGCUCGAUAUGUCUUCAUGAAUAUCCAGUGAAGGAAAAUAAAGAUAAUAAAAAUAAUGGUGAAGAUUAUGAACUACCGACAGGUUCAAGAAGCAAUGAGAGUUCUACUAAUCUUCUGGCACCUUCGAUCCCUCUUAACAAUAGGAGGAGGUCUUCGGUUAUGUUUAGUGAUGUUAUUUUAAGGCAUGGAGAGAAUUCUUCCCCUCCCAGUUCAAGUGCCAAUCUUCUUUCUGUAAAUAUCGACAGAAAAAACGUUUGUCAGAGCGAGAAAACUACUCAAACAGGGGAUGGAGACAUAUGGCAAGUCGCACCUAUCCAAAAUUCUCAAAUGCAAAUACAGAAUCAACAGCAGACAACGCAAGAAUGUUGCAACAUUAUGAAUGGUGAGCCUUUGACAUGCCAAGAGUUAUUGGCUUUAGUUGGAGGUAUGAACGCAGCGCUACCCACAGGACCUAUUGUCCUGGAUACUUUCUUCAGUUCGUUAAGCAAUGGCACCAACCGACAAAAAUCCAUAGAGGAAUCCACAUACUCCACUCAAUUUCCAGAAGAAGAUUAUUCAUGCUGCCAGGAUUUAUGGCAUUGUGAGGCAGAGUACAGAAACGAGACGAGAUCUAGAUGUUACAUCUGCUCGUGCAUGAUCAUCAAGGGCACCUUCAAACUUGCCAGACUUUUUCGAGAACAGAUCAAAGCCUUUGUAGAAUGGAAGUACUUCCAGCAAGGUAUUCUGUUAGCUAUUUUGAUCAACACACUUUCCAUGGGAAUAGAGUAUCAUGAGCAGCCAGAGAUAUUAACUCAUGUAGUGGAAGUCAGUAACAUAAUAUUUUCGGCGAUUUUCGCUGUCGAAAUGCUAUUGAAGAUUAUUGCGGAAGGACCGUUCGGAUACAUUUCGAACGGAUUUAACGUUUUUGACGGUGUAAUUGUAAUAUUGAGCGCUAUCGAAAUCUGCCAAAAGUUCAUGGGAGAAUCCCACAUGGACUCGGGUUUGUCUGUCCUUAGGACAUUCAGACUAUUGAGGAUUCUGAAGUUGGUGAGAUUCAUGCCAAAUCUGAGACGCCAACUAUUUGUCAUGUUGAGAACUAUGGAUAAUGUAGCGAUUUUUUUCUCAUUGCUCAUUCUAUUUAUUUUCAUAUUUAGCAUACUGGGAAUGUACCUUUUCGGUGGUAAGUUUUGCAAUUACAAAGACAUACAAGGUCACCAACGCGAGUGUACUUGCGAAAUGAUCGUUUCCAAGGACGAGAGAUGCCACUGCGACCGGAAACACUUCAACAACUUCCUCUGGGCUACGGUAACAGUCUUCCAAAUUUUGACGCAGGAAGACUGGAACCUCGUCCUAUCGAACGGUAUGGCUAAGACGUCACAUUGGGCAGCGUUGUAUUUCGUAGCCCUCAUGACGUUCGGCAACUACGUAUUAUUCAACCUGUUGGUAGCCAUUUUGGUUGAGGGAUUCAGCGCGGAGAGAAACGAGAGGAGAGAGAGGGAACAGAGGGAACUGGCGAGGAGAAAAAUGUCCAGUAUUCUGGAGGCCAGCCUCAGGAGUAGCUCCGACGAGAGCAACAAGAGUUUGACGAGUUCCAGUGGUAGCUAUCUCCAAGACUCGAAGAACUGUUGGAGGUCGGCAGAAGAGUUGAGAAAAUACAAGGAUGUUAAAGACGAGAGGUCCAUCAUAGGUUUGAGCCACUGCGACUGCAGAGAUAGGACCUACGACAACGCCUGCUUCACUCUAGACCCCAAGUGCAACAUACAGAAGGAAUCCAUGUUGAGGCAUCCUGGCAGACAACAAACCUCACCGCCUAUCAUAACUCAUACAGCUGCCACUCCUGAAGAUUCACCAGUUACCAACCCAGAGGACUUUCCCGAAUUCAGGUAUAACGUGAUCGUCCCCAAUGAGGAGACCCUCGAAUACGACGUCAGCGCAGGAGGGAUGUCGAGUAACGAAUCCUCCCUAAAAACCACGUCCCUCAGCCUGCUGAAACCGCCCAGCCUGUCGCCCCCGCCGCUGACCUGCCGACACUUCGACAAAUCUCAAGACGACGCCUCCCUACCGCCCCCUCUAGGCAAGAUAGUGAUCCACAACGAGAAGAUCGGCUCCAAGACGAUGACCUUCUCGGAGAAGGUCAUCAUACCAAGCAGCGUACCGGUGGGGUGCGCCAAGACGGACCAGAAGAACGAAAAGGGGAAGAUCCAGAGGAAGUGCUCGUGGAAGCUGUCCUCCAGGCCGAGCCUGUGCAGGAAGAAGGGCCGGAACAACUCGACGGAGAGCGAAACGGUACCCUUGAACAACGGCAGGGACCACUCCCAGUGCAACGGAGGCGGAGUCAACAGAAACGUGAACUUGAGGAACGAUUCUCUCCUCCAAUCGACGAUCCGUAUUAAAAACGACACCCAGCGGGACGCGCCCAACAACAAAAACCUGAAGGGGAUCAGUCCUCAAAAUUCCAUUAGAUGUAGAUCGAACACGUGCAGUUCUGCAUCGCAAGUUUCCGUCACCCCGACCCUAACCAGGCACAACAACCCCCUAAGCGCACCACCCCCCCUAGCAGACAAAAACGCCAAGUUCUCGCCGAACCUGGGCCGGAAGUCGAGCGUGGGGGAGCCCAAGUCGGUGAACACGCUCAACGAGAAGAUAAUAACGGACAGAGCGCUGCCCACCAUCAAGAUGGAGGACUGCUCCGCCCCCUCUGACAACCCGGACUACCCUUCGGACAGGCUGACCCAGUUUUUUCUCUACUUCGAACCCACGGCCAGCUUCAUGAAGGAGAGAGAAGACUAUGCGCUGUAUCUGUUUCCUUCCGACAGCGGGUUCCGCCAAUGGUGCCAGUGGUUCAUAGAGCAGAAGUGGUUCGACAACGUGGUCCUGCUGUUCAUCGCGCUGAACUGCAUAACGCUGGCCAUGGAGAGGCCGAACAUACCUCCGACCAGCAAGGAGAGGGUGUUCCUAUCCUCCUGCAACUACAUCUUCACCGUCGUCUUCACGGCCGAGAUGUUCGUUAAGGUGGUAGCGGCCGGUAUGUGCUACGGUCCGAACGCCUACUUCACCUCCGGUUGGAACAUAAUGGACGGAGCUCUGGUCAUCAUCUCCAUCGUAGACUUGUUGAUGUCGUUCAUUAGCUCUUCUAGUCCUAGAAUAUUCGGAAUACUUAGGGUAUUUCGUCUCCUGAGGUCCCUACGACCUUUGCGGGUAAUAAACAGAGCACCUGGUCUUAAACUGGUAGUCCAGACUCUACUGUCCUCGUUGAGGCCCAUAGGAAAUAUUGUUCUUAUAUGUUGUACAUUCUUCAUUAUUUUUGGUAUUCUAGGUGUACAGUUAUUCAAAGGAACCUUUUACCAUUGCACGGGUAAGAACAUACAGGGCAUCCAGAACAAAACCGACUGCUUAUCCAGGGAUUCCACGAGGUGGGAGAACGAAAAGUACAACUUUGAUGACCUGGGGCAGGCCCUAAUGUCUUUGUUCGUUUUGAGCUCUAGGGACGGCUGGGUCAACAUAAUGUACUCGGGAUUGGACGCGGUUGGUGUGGAUCAACAGCCAAAAACCAACUACUCCGAGUGGCGUCUCUUAUACUUCAUCUCUUUCAUACUGCUCGUCGGAUUCUUCGUGUUGAACAUGUUUGUGGGAGUGGUUGUGGAGAACUUCCAUAGAUGUCGCGAAGAGCAGGAGAAGGAAGAGAGGGUCAGGAGAGCUGCAAAGAGGGCUUUGCAGUUGGAGAAAAGACGAAAGAAAAUGAACGAGCCACCCUACUACAUCAAUUAUCCACCCUGGCGUCUCUUCAUACACGGUGUGGUGACCUCCAAGUACUUCGAUCUGGCCAUAGCGGCAGUCAUCGGUCUCAACGUGGUCACCAUGGCCACCGAGCGUUUCAGGAUGCCCGAUUUCCAGACGCAGAUCCUCAAAAUCUUCAAUUACUUCUUCACCUCCGUCUUCAUAGUCGAGAGUUCGAUGAAGCUGAUAGCCCUCGGCCUGAAGCUGUACAUGAAGGACAAAUGGAACCAGCUGGACGUCGCCAUAGUCAUACUGUCGGUGGUGGGCAUCGUGCUCGAGGAGCUGGGUUCCAACAUCAUCCCCAUCAACCCGACGGUGGUGCGGGUCAUGCGCGUGAUGCGAAUAGCGAGGGUCCUGAAGCUGCUGAAGAUGGCUAAGGGCAUAAGGGCCCUCCUGGACACGGUGAUGCAGGCGUUGCCGCAAGUCGGCAACCUGGGCCUGCUGUUCUUCCUGCUCUUUUUCAUCUUCGCCGCCCUGGGAGUGGAGCUCUUCGGCCGGCUGAGCUGCGACAUUGAAGCCGAGCCGUGUCAAGGUCUAGGUGAGCACGCCCACUUCAAGAAUUUCGGAAUGGCUUUCCUCACCCUCUUCAGGGUGGCGACAGGUGACAACUGGAACGGGAUCAUGAAAGACACCCUCCGAGACGAGACCUGCAGUAAAGACGCAGACUGCGUCACCAACUGCUGCGUCUCCCACCUAAUAGCGCCAAUAUUUUUCGUUGUCUUCGUGCUAAUGGCCCAGUUCGUCCUGGUCAACGUCGUAGUAGCCGUACUAAUGAAGCACCUGGAGGAGUCCCACAAGCAUUUGGAGGAAGAACAGGACCUGGACAACCAGCUGGAGAGGGAGAAACUGGAGAUGGAGGAAAAGAGGGAGCUGUGUCUGGCGUUGCAAAUAGACCAAGAGAACCAACAGAAACACAAGCCGUUGACGAAGGUUCUGUCACUACCAUCAAACUUCACCUACAACCCUUCUGGAAGCAAGCCGUCCUUCGAAAGAGCCUCACCGAUAGGAAGGAGACACAGCCACCACCCUUUCCUACUAUCCAACGUGGACAACAUAAGGAGCAUCGACGAAUCCGUGUCCGAAGUCCUCGACAUAAGCGAAUUCAAGACCAAGAAGGAAAAGAAACUGUUUGGACAGACCAGUUUGGACGAACCCUCCAAGUUCGAGAGGAAAGACAGCGUGAAGAGCGUGAAAUCGGAGGUGGUGAAGUCAAGGGAGACGGACAGCAACCUCUUGAGCGUGCAGGUGGGGGAGAGACCGACGCACAAGAGGUACGGCAGCACCAAAAACCUGUUCGUGAAGCAAUUUUCGAUGGACAUCUCGGAAGAGACGCCUUUCCUGGGAUCAUCAGCCCAACCGGAGACCGUCAGUCUGAACAUAAUGAAGUACGAUUCGCAGGAAUCUGUCCAGAGGAUCAUCGAGGAAAGGAGGAAGAUGGAGGGCAAAUCCAGCGAGACUGAUGAGGACAUCUACGACCACAAUUGCGAAGAGCGCACGGGGCGCGGAGAGGGCAAGAAUGAUACGGAGAGCAGAUGCUGAGUUGAUGAAAUUUAUUUUUUUAUAUACUUUGUACAUAUUGUGUAUAUUGAUUUUGGACGGCGAAGGUCAGGCGGGAAUUUUUUUUUAGUUAUAAAGCUCAAACUGUCGACUCUCAACUACCCUAAGCAAAAAGCUAAAUCAAUAUUAUAAGAGAUAAAACUACAUCGUUAAACUGAGACGAAGCAUCUCAACAAUACACCGAAAAACCGUUGAGGUAUCCAGAAUGAUUGCAAAAAAUCAGAUCCCAUCAAGUAUCACAUAUAAUUCGAAUAAAUCAACAAACUAAAUGAUUAUUCAACGGCAAUGAAUUUUGGCGUCUCCUCGUUUGUUUUUGUAGUUUUCCCGAAAGUAGUAAAACUCAGUUACAAUAACCAAAAGUUCAGCAUCUCACACAAACUUAAUUACGAGUAAUGAGACUGUAUAUUCCAACUAAGGACGUAUCUCAAAUACAUACAACAAUCAUAUAAAAAAUCUUCAUAGUAUGAUACGUUUUACGGUUUCUCAGGAAAUCAGUAUUUUUUAACAAACAUCACAAUUGAAAGUUCAAAAACAAUUUGAAUGUGUUGAAAGAAUUGAGAAUGUAAAAAAUUUCGAUAGUUAAAGGUACAUCUUUGUACUUACAAUUUUCAUUUCACUGGAGAGUUCAGAAAGUGGCAAUCUUUGAUAAUAUACAAUAUAUAAAUAGUUUCUCCCAAGUGUGUUCUCUUGUUUCCAAAGGAAAUUCGCCGAUCUAUCUUUGAAACAUAUCCAGAUGUGUUUUCUUGUUCUAGAGUCGUAACUACAAGGAAAUUCAAAGAGAAACGUUAGAUUAAAUAAUUCCAAGGGUGAAAAAAUAGGUGUUGUUUGUAGUUUUUUCUAUCUAGUUAUCGAUAAAUUAUAUUUUAUAGUUGAAUUUUUAUAUUUCAGUAUUCCUUAUCUUUUUACCUUGAGAUUUUAUUCGAAUUUUUUAGAAUACCUAUUCGCUGAUACGGCAGUAAAUAUCUUUCUUUUCAACUUCUUUAUGUAUACACUGAUUUGGCUUAACCAUAGGCAAUCCCAAUCAUUUUCAAUUUAAAUUUUAGAAUUUUUAGAUAUAUUAACUAUAUUCAAAAAUAAGAAGAAAAUCAAUCAUACUACAAGAUAAAGGUAAUAUAUUUUUUUUAACAAAUGAAAUGACAAAACCUCAUGGUAGUUUUCAGGCUUCUUUUAAUAAAAUUAGAUUGCAAAAAUGAAUGGAUACGAAGUAGAAUUGAAAUAUCUAGUUCUCUUUAGGAACGAAUGAAAAGAUGUAUAGAUGAACAUGUUCGAAUGCUUUAUCUAUUACAUCCAAUUUCAAUUCGUUCGAGUAAUUCCAGAGAUUAGGAAAUUUCUUGUGAUUCAGGACAGGGCAGUAUAAUAGGAAUAAAUACUUACCGACAAUCUUUGAAGCCUUUAAGACCUUCAAAACUUUUGCAUUGAGAUUUUUCUAAAUUUGUAACAAUUUCUGAAUUAAUUGAAUUUUUCUACAUGAUAAAUUUCCAAUAGCUAGUUCAUAAUGGAUGUAUUAUAUUAUAGUUGAAUUUUUUGAAACAUUGAAAUACUCUUCUUUACUUCAAAAUUAUUGAUAACUAUUGAGAUACAGGUGAAUUCAGAAAUAACUCCCAAAACCUAGACAAUAGUAGAUUUAUUGAUAAUUAUCAAAUUUCCCCUUAUUUUGAUGGAAUCUAUACCCUUUUAUCAACAAUGUUACUCUUCCUGAAUGAUUUGAUGCCAAAAUAUCCAAUGUACUUCUAUCUGUGGUGGUUCCUUAAGUAACUUUUAGAAUAUUGCCAAAUAGUGAAUUGGUUGCAUUUUUUAGAUGGGACGGUCUGUGAUAAAUUUGGUCCCAAAUACUUUUUUAAUCAAUAUAAAUGUUACCGAAUUAUUUUCAAUCGAAAUGGAAUUCCAAAGGUUAUGAAUGAAAACAUGGUCACAUAAUAAAAUGCACAACACAGUGUAGCUGAAAAUGAAAAGAUAUAACACCAAACCAUAAGAAACCACUCUGUUGGCUCUUGUAUUAUGCGGCCUUGUUUACAUUGUGGAAAAUUUGAAGAUAUGUAAUAGAGGAUACUAUAUUUACCUGGUGUUGAAUUAUUUUUACCAUUUUUGUUGAUAGUUGCUUUUGUAGUUAGGUUUGAAAUUAGUAAAUUUCUUCUACUGUGCCUUUCUGUCAAAGAACUGUUUCUUCUUUUGAAUAUUAGUCUAUAGCUGUUGAACUGUACAUUGUUGUAAUUAGUAUCUUUAAGAUGGAAUAAUAUUAACAAUUUC